GAUGCAGCAGCUGCGAACAGCGCCUCCACUUCCUCUGCUCUCGCGCCGCCCUCGGCUGCCCGCCCUCCGCUGCCUGGUGCUGGGAGGCUAUUUUUCCAUUCGCUGGUGAGAAAGUUCCAUGCCACUGUUUCCUUCCCUCUUUUCUGGAGUUAAAUUCGUCAGCAGAUGCCUGCAGUUCAUCUGUAGACGCCAGGAGUUAAGUAACGCUGGCCCCAGGCCUUGUUGCUUUCAGACAUUCCACCUCGUGCAGAAGUAGAGGACCGUGGCAGCCUCUGCAGGCCACUUGUCCUGGGACCUGAGCCUGCGCCUGCUAAGCUACUCCCGUGCCCACACUGCCGCCAGCCGAGGAGCACCCAGCCGAGGAGGCCAAGGCCACCCGUCCCUGCACCCAGCCCAAGGAAGCCCCAGUCCAGCCACUGUAAGUGAUAAAAUGGAACAAUUCUGCCUUGCCAUUGAGUAUCCUCCUGCCUGCACACCUCCCUAGUCCCACUGGAAGCCAUCAAUCCUGUCCUCUUCUGCCUCCUCUUAAGUAUUCCAUCCCUAGCCCACCCGUGUCACCAUGGCAGCCUUGAUUGCAGAGAACUUCCGCUUCCUGUCUCUCUUCUUCAAGAGCAAGGAUGUGAUGAUUUUCAAUGGGCUGGUGGCACUGGGCACAGUAGGCAGUCAGGAGCUGUUCUCUGUGGUGGCCUUCCACUGUCCCUGCUCACCUGCCCGGAACUACCUGUAUGGGCUGACAGCCAUUGGAGUGCCAGCCUUGGCACUCUUCCUCAUUGGCGUCAUCCUCAACAACCACACCUGGAACCUCGUUGCUGAGUGCCAGUAUCGCAGGGCCAAGAACUGUUCAGCUGCCCCCAACUUCCUUCUCCUAAGCUCCAUCCUGGGCCGUGCAGCUGUGGCCCCUGUCACCUGGUCUGUCAUCUCCCUGCUAAGAGGGGAGGCCUACAUCUGUGCUCUCAGCGAGUUUGUGGACCCCUCCUCACUCACAGCUGGAGAUGAGAGCUUCCCCCCAGCCCAUGCCACCGAGAUCCUAGCCAAGUUCCCUUGCGGAGAGGGCCCUGUCAACCUGUCAGGUUUCCGAGAGGAGGUCAGCCGCAGGCUCAAGUAUGAGUCCCAGCUCUUUGGGUGGCUGCUCAUCGGUGUGGUGGCCAUCCUGGUGUUCCUGACGAAGUGCCUCAAGCACUACUGCUCGCCACUCAGCUACCGCCAGGAAGCCUACUGGGCACAGUAUCGCACCAAUGAGGACCAACUGUUCCAGCGCACAGCAGAGGUGCAUUCAAGGGUGUUGGCUGCCAACAACGUGCGCCGCUUCUUCGGCUUUGUGGCCCUCAACAAGGAUGACGAGGAACUGGUUGCCAAGUUCCCAGUGGAAGGCACACAGCCUCGACCACAGUGGAAUGCUAUCACUGGGGUCUAUUUGUACCGCGAGAACCAGGGCCUCCCACUGUACAGCCGCUUGCACAAAUGGGCCCAGGGUCUGACAGGUAACGGCACAGCUCCUGACAGCGUGGAGAUGGCACUGCUCACCUCCUAAGGGCCUGCUUCCUUUGCUCUUUGCAAAUGGCACUACUUAGUCCCCAACAAACUCCACGGCCUGUUCACAACAGCAUCAAAAGGAGAUUUUUCUGUUAACUAUGGCUUCAUGGACAUAGACCAUGGGAAGGAACAUAAACAGUAGUUGGAUCUAGUGGACAACAUGUUCAGCACUAAGGGAAGGGGAAUCCCCAGUCCUACAGAAAUUUUCUCUCCUGUGGUCACCAGCUCACUCAGUUCACAGCUAUGGGGAAAGACUUCCCCUAAAGCUGGUUCUUAAUUACCUAUGGUAUGGGUGAUCUUUGGUAGGCCUCCAAGCUAAGAAACCUCAGCCAGCAGAGCUCAGUGGCAGUGCAACUCACUAAUGGGUUCUUUGUACAGUACACUUGGUGCAGUUAAUUUGUGUCUAAUUGCAUAGGAAUUUCUAGCUCCUCAGUGCACUGCUGGGAAGCUGCCUCUACUGUAUACCUCUGGCCUAUUUUAUAUAUUUAAACUUUUUGAUAAAACUUUUCUUACUAUAAUGGACUAGACUGGUGUCUAUACAAUUGAAUGGGUAAAGUUAUACAGUCCUUGCCACAUGAGAGGAGAGGAGACAGGACUAAAAAUGGGCCACAAAAGUGGCAGCGGUGUAAGCAGAGCCAGAUGUCCUGCCCCAGGCGGAGACUGCUUGACAGUCUGACUCAACUGUCUGAUUUGAUCUGGUCAGAGGGAGCCUGGACAUUUGCAGGGAGAAGCUUAGUUGAAACUUCACAUCAGAAGAUCCUACCCUGUAGAAGACAGAACUAGCUCUUGCAAUCCAGUGCUAAACUCUUAAGUGGCAGCUGGCUUUUGCUCUUCCUCCCUCCUUCCUCACCUCUAAAACCUCAUGCUCUCCCUGGUCCCUGUGCUGCAUCCCAGAAUCUGACUAAUCAUUUCCCACAGAAAACUCUGAGGACAUUUAAGGCUCUACCAGAGAAAACUUAAUUCCCUUAAGGCCCAAGCAAGCAAAUAAAAAUGCUUCAACAACUA